UGCUAAUUCUACGCUGAAUCAUUUCGAACCACGUUCCUUCUCUCUUGAGAGUUGAGACUCACACUCUCUGCCUCCUCUUUAACUUCAAACCAACGACAUCCCCUGGUCCCAUUCCCAUUCCUAGAGAGAGAAUUUCACAAAGCGUAACUGCCAUGGCAGACGAAGACUCUUCUGAAGCAGACCAACUCUCCGAUAAGCAAAAGAUUGAAAUUGCCAAAUGGUUUCUCUUGAACGCUCCUGCUGGAGAAAUUCAAUACGUUUCCAAAGAUUUGAGGACGAUUUUGAAGGAUGAUAAUUUGCAUAAAUUGGGUACUUUGGAGGCGUUUCCUUUGUACAAUAAAUCUCACAUGAUUUCUCUCGAGCUUCCUGAUAGAACUGGUGAUGUGAUAAUAUCGUCCUUCAGUGAAGUUUCUGAGAACGAGUAUCUUGAUCCUAAGACUGCACAAGUUGCUAUAGUAGAUCAUGUCAAACAAGUGUGUACAGACUUGAGACCUGCUAGUAAUGAGGAACUUCCUUCUCCUUACAUUGAGGAAUUCAGAUGUGCUCUGGAUGCAGAAAUCACAAAAUAUGUUAAUGAAGCUUAUCCAAAAGGUGUCUGUGCAGUUUAUUGUGUAAAGGGAAAGGACGUCGAAGAACCAGGAUCUGAUUUUGAGUUUGCUGUGGUGAUUUCUGCUGCCAGGCUCAGUCCCCAAAAUUUUUGCAACGGAAGUUGGAGAUCAAUAUGGAAUAUGGAGUUCAAUGAUGAGGAUCAAAUGGUGGAAAUAAAAGGAAGGUUCCAGGUAGGGGCUCAUUAUUUUGAGGAGGGAAAUGUGCAGUUAGAUGCUAAUCAUAAAUGCAGAGAUUCAACUCUACUUCAGAACCCAGAUGAUUCAGCCUUAGCCAUUACCAACAUCAUUCGACAACAGGAAACAGAAUACUUGGCAUCUCUUGAGGGUUCCUAUUUAAAGCUUCCAGACACCACUUUCAAGGAUCUUCGGAGAAAGCUACCAGUUACUCGUACUUUGUUUCCAUGGCACAGCACUAUGCAGUUUAGCCUAACAAGAGAUAUUGCAAAGGAACUUGCCAUUCGGAAGUGAGAAAUGUUGAUGCUGCGUUAGUAUAUAAUUUCUCGAUGAUUGUGAAUGAAUUGAGUUUUUAGUAGGAGUUCUAGAUUUCGUUCUUCCUGUAACCCAGAAUAUCAUUUUUAAAGGUUGUUUAAUUGUUUUGAUGAUACUUAAAUCACUCGUUUCAUUUUAUACUUUGAUGUUAUUGUGUAUAUUUGAUGAUCAUGUGAAAUAUGGUGAAAGAAUGUAAGACACUGACAUUUUAUUAGAACGCCGAUGAUGUGAUGCA